GAUUGUAAAAGAAGCUCAUAACUAUUUGGACAAUAUGAUUGCUGAUAAACAACAACAUUACAAGAGCCGAAGUCCAGAAGAAACAGCGAGACUCUCGCUCUUGGAUUUUCUGAUAGACCACAAAAUGAAAAAUAAAGACUGGACGAACGAGGAACUUCGCUACGAAAUGAUUACUAUUUUUGUCGCCUCGUACGAGACGAUGACGGGAAUAGCCUGUUUUGCGUUACUGAUGAUGGCGAUGCAUCCGGAAGUUCAAGAAAAAGCGAGAGAAGAGGUUACAAAUGUAAUGUCGGGUGAUGACAUUUCCGAUACCGAAAUAGCAAAUUUGAAAUAUCUGGAUAUGAUCAUUAGAGAGACCAUUAGACUUUUUCCAGUCGCACCGUUGAUGCCCCGGAAGGUCAACGCCGAUUUGAAACUAAGUAAUUCUCUUCAAAUACGUCAAUUUACUGUUAAUGUGUUCUGA